AUGCUGUCUGCGGGCUGCCCGGCGCCGCCCCCGGCCCCGCUGCCGCCUCCCCCCGCGUCCAGCCUUGCCCUGGAGCUGUUUGGGCUCCGUUGCUGCAGCAACCACGCGGCCGGGCAGCGGCUGGCGGCGGCGGGCACGGUGGUGGUGCUGCUGUGUACUGGUGGGUAUUGGAGAGCUUCAGCCAUGGCCACAGGCAAGAGCCAGCGCCCCAGGGGGGGCCCCAAAGGCUGUGCCGGGAUCCAGAGCUCUGUGCUGGCACCUGGGCACCUGAAGCUGGUCACAGAGGCCAAGGAGCCUGUGCCUGUCUCCUCAGCUGGCCUGGGCUGGAGCUGCUUUGAGCCCUGCCCACCAGAGCUGCUGUUCCAGGACUUUGUCCCUCACCAGCUCUACCAAGCGUCGCUGGUCCUGCGCAACAAGGACAAGGUGCCUCGGCAGGUGAAGGUCACCCUGGAGAGCUCUCCCUGCUUCAGGCUGCUCAGCCCCAGGGCUCUGUGCCCCAAGGUAGCCCCUGGCAGGCUCUCAGCUUUCCGUGUGCUCUUCACCCCCGAGGAGAGCAAGGUCUACAGGCAGCAGCUGCUGUGCAGCACUGCUGGGGGCAGCUUCCCGGUGCCCAUCCGCGCCCUGCCUGCCCGGCCUGCCCUGGCCCUGCCCCGCCAGCUGCGCUUCCCCCUCUGCCCCGUGGGGCACAGCACCCAGAGGACUCUGCUGCUCCACAACCUGGGCCCCAGGGAGGCUCACUACAGCCUCAGCACCGGCAGCCCAUUCUCUGCUGCCCCCUCGGGGGGGGCCCUGGGGGCUGGGGCUGCUGUGCAGCUGACUGUGGAGUUCCUGCCCCUGCAGAGUGGGGAGCACCAUGGGGCCCUGACCCUGCACUCUGACACAGGUGGAGAUCUUCACACCAGCCUGCAUGGAACAGCUCAGGAAGUCAACAUCAGGCUGGACAGGAGCUGCCUGGCUCUGGGGAAGACCUUCCUGAGCCUGUCCCAGCAGGGCACUGUGCUCAUCCACAACGGCAGUGAUGUGGCAGCUCACUUCCAGUGGAAGGCUUGUGGUGAGCAGGAGGAGCAGCAGCAGCAGAGGUUGGUUGCAAAGAUGUCUCUCAAGGAGCAGGAGGGAGAUGGAUCCAGGGAGCCCCUGCUGGAGCCUGCUCUCCACCCCCAGCCCUGCCACAGCUGCCAGAAGCAGAGGGUGAAGGUGCAGGGAGACUCCAUGCUCAUCUCUGAAGGGGUCUUCACCAUUCAGCCUGUGGAGGGAGAGCUGUGGCCACGCUGCUCAGCUGAGGUCCAGGUCACCUUCCAGCCCCAGGCAGCCAGGCUCUAUGAGGCCAGGCUCUGCUGUCACAUCUCAGGCUGUGAGCUCAGGCUGCCCCUGCACGUCAGGGGGGAAGGCUUGGGGCCCCUGCUCCGCUUCCACUUCGACCAGCUGGACGUGGGGAAGGUGUUUGUGGGAGCCACCAACACCUACAAGGCCAUCCUGCUCAACAGAGGACCCAUUGAGGCUUCCUUCAGCUUGGUGCCUCCAGCCACAGCUCUGGGCUCCUGCUUCACCUUCCUGCCCUGGCAGGGCCUCCUGCUGCCAGGGGGGGUCCAAGUCAUCCAGAUCUCCUUCAGCUCCCCCAGCCUGGGCCACUUCACAGAGGAGUUCAGGUUCCAUGUGGAAGGAUCUCCUGAGCCUGUGACCCUGACCAUCAGGGGCUGUGUCACUGCCCCCACGUUUCACUUCGAUGUCCCUGGCCUGCACUUCGGGGAGGUCUCCUUCGGCUUCCCUCGCAGCCUCUCCUGUCGCCUCACCAACUCCUCCCCGGUGCCCAUGGCCUUCGCCCUGCGCGUGCCCGGGGACGGCGCAGCCGAGCCCAGCGUGCCCAGCGCCGCCCUGCUGCUGGAGCACAGCCACCCAGCCUGGGGGAGGAGAGCCCAGGGGCGCCUCAGGGAGUUCAGCAUCAGCCCUUGCAGAGGCACCAUCCGGCCCCUGAGCUCCCAGGACAUCCAGGUCACUCUGUGCUCCAACACUGUGGGCCCCUACGAGCUGGCUCUGGUGCUGGACGUGGAUGGUGUGGGCCAGGAGCUGUUCUCACUGCCCCUCACAGCCAGGUGUGUGGUGCCUGCUCUCUCUGUGCCCAGCCCUGUGGUGCCCUUUGGCCGCUGCUACCUGCAGCUCCCUGCCCGGCGCCUGCUGACCCUGGUGAACGACAGCGACCUGCCCGGCUGCUAUGGGCUGCUGCCUCAGGCACCCCAGGAGGAUGCUGCUGUGCUCUACUCCAGCCCUGUGCCCUGUGGCAUUAUUCAAGCUCACAGCUCUGUGGAGGUGCCCCUGAGCCUGGCAGCCCAGGUGCCAGGGGAGCAGGACACUGUGGCCCACCUGAUGGUGUUUGGGUGCCCAGAGUCGCCCCUGGAGAUCCACUUGGUGAGCCGUGGAGAGGGCCCAGUUGUCUCUGUGCAUCCCAGCAGGAUCCACUUUGGCAGCAUCCAAGUUCUGCAGGAGGCCUCCAGGAGCCUGCAGCUCUGCAAUCAGAGCCCAAUCCCUGCACCCUUCAGGGCACAGGUGGCUGCCAAAGGCUCCUGCUGGAGGGUGGAACCCAGCCAGGGAGUGAUCCCCCCCGAGGGAGAGCUCUGUGUGGCUGUCGUAGCCAGGCUGGCAGACACGGGGCUGUGCCAGGCCAAGGUGCAGCUGCAGGUGGAGCACAGCCCUGGCUGUGCCGUCCCGGUGCAGGCCCUGGGCGUGGGCAGCACCACCGGCACCCACAGGCCCCUGGCGCCGCAGCUCCGCCUGGGCACUCGCUUCAGACAGCAGGAGAGCCUCUCGGUGCAGCUCCUCCUCGCUGCAUGCCAGCAGAGGAUGCCAAGCACGGCUCGGGGCAGCUGCCGGCCGCCGCUCGGCCCGGGGGCAGCCGAGCUCCGGCUCCCGCCGAGGCUGGGGGCUCGGCGGAAGCCUUCCGCGGCGGUGGCGCAGCCGGGGCGGGGGCAGGGAGCCCCCAGCGGGGCGGCCGGGGCCGGGCGCCGGCAGCUGCCCUGCCGCUCGCCCCCCGCGCUCCCCCGCAGCCCGCUUCCGAGCCGCCACAGCUUCAGGACCGGCAACCGGGGCCGCCGCGGCCGGCCGCUCCCCCGGCCCGCGGGAUCCCCGCCCGCCCGCGGCGGCAGCACCGAGGACAGAGCCUCCCGCGGCGCCGCCGCCGCCCCCCCGGGCUUGCGCCUGCGGCCGCCCGGCAUGGAGCCGAGCCCGGGCCGCGGCGCGGAGCUGCUGCUGGAAGGCUGCUGCGGCGCUCCCCAGAGAGAGCAGCUGCUGUGCCAGGCUGUGGUGGGCAGGGAGGCCAGGAGGACCCAGGUCACACAGGUGGCCAGCAGCUGCCAGUUCAUUGCCCCUGCCCUGCAGAUGUCCUCCACAGCAGUGACCUUCAGGGUGGAGAAGGGCCCAGGUGAUGUCCUGAGGCCUCAGUACCAGCCUCUGUCCUUGAAGAACAUCUGCUCCCUCCCCCUCAGCAUCACCCUGGCCUUGGAGCAGCCCUUCUCCAUCUGUGAUGUGGAUCUGCAGCCCCUCCCGGCUCAGCCCCAGAAGCUGGAGGCAGGGCAGGACCUUCACCUCUGCAUCAGCUUUAACCCUGCUCAUGAGGAGGGUUUGAGCUCCUGGAGAGUGCAGCAGGCUCUGAGGAUCCAGUUCCUGGAGCACCCUCAGGAGGAGCAGCUCCUGGUGCAGGGAGAAGUCUUCUUCCCCAACCUGCACUUCCAGACCAUGGCUGUGGACUUUGGCUGCAUCCUGAACGACACUGAAGCUCUGCAGAGCCUGGAGAUGACCAACUGCAGCCCACUGCCUGUCCACUACUGCUGGCUGAUGCCACCCAGGGGCAGGUGCAGCCUCCCAGCUCCCACAUCCUUCACCCAAGCCCCAGCAGCACAGGAGGAGGAAGCCAGCUCAGAGUGCUCAGCCUCUGCAGGGAGCUGUUCCAGCAAGGGAGGUGCCCAGGAGCCAGCCCAAGGGCUGGCAGCAGCAGGGGAUCCUGCCCAGGAGCCAGCAGAUGACAGCCUGGAAGCAAAGGUGUUCGAUGUGCUGCCCCUGCACGGAGUGCUGCAGCCCGGCCAGAGCCAGCAGGUCACCUUCAGCUUCUUUGGCCACCCCAACGUUGUGGCCUCUGCCACAGCCCUCUGCAGGGUGCAGGGAGGCCCCAGCUACCAGCUCAGCCUCCGUGGGGAGGCCUCACUCAUCAGCUACCUGCUGGAGCCCAGGGAGCUGGACGUGGGGCUGCAGCUGUGUGAUGUGGCCAUGGAGGCAGAGGUGACCCUGCAGAACAGUGGGAAGCUGCCCUUCACCUUCGUGGUGCUGAGCCCCAGCAGGGCCCCUGCCCACAGCCCCCUGCCUGGUGUGCCCCUGGUGGUGCCCAGCACGGGCUCCCUCGGCGCCGGCCAGCAGCAGCUGCUGAAGGUCUCCUUCGUGCCCGGGCAGCCUGGGGGCUUCUGCACGGCGCUGCAGGUCCGGGUGGCACACCUGGAGCUUGCGGUGAUCCGCCUGCGGGGGCAGGGAGGCUUUCCCAGGAUCUGCUUGGACCUGCCCAGGAAGAUCCGAGGGAACACAAAGUAUGAGAGGGCCCUCAGGGAGGUGAGAGAGAGGCUGGCAGAGGGCACUGAGGAAGGAGCAGAAGCUGCCCCGGGGGAGGCUGCAGCCACUGAGCCACCCACAGGCGCCUUGGACACCGUGCUGGACACUGGGCUGCAGAUGCAGCUGGAGGACCUCCUGAUCAAGCAGCAGCUCCUGGAGCAGCAGCAAGCUGCAGCCUGCAGCACCCCACAGGAGGCUGCCCCUGGGCAGAGUGCUCCACGGAGGCUGCUCAGGGCUGAGCUCCCUGAGCACAUCCUGGACCUCGGCUGGGUGGCAGCUGGCAGCCUCCACACUCACCCUGUGAGGGUCUCCAACCCUGGGCAGCUGCCUGUGGCCCUCCACAUCCAGGCACAGGUCCUGCGUGGCACAGGCUUCAGUGUGGACCUGGAGCGUGUGAGGCUGCUGCCCUGCUGCCAGCCCAGGACCUUCCAAGUGUGCUUCCAGCCCCCAGGGGACAGCCUGGCAGCGGUGGAGGUGCUGCUGCCCAUCAAGGUGGCAGGGGGCCCCAGGUUUGGUGUCCUGCUGCGUGCCAGGGUGGCUGUGCCAUCCCUCAGCCUCUCCAGGGACAGGCUGGAGUUCUCCAGGGUCCAGUGUGGGCAGUGCCAGGAGGAGACCGUCAGGCUCUACAACCAGCAGCCAGUGCCCUGCCAGUGGGCCCUCAGCAGGGAGGAGCCUGCAGGGAAGGUGGAGAAGCCUCUGGCUGGCAGCAGGCGCCGGCUGCAGGGGCUGCAGGCCGAGGGCUGUGCCUUCGAGGUGCUUCCCUCAGCUGGAGUCCUGGCCCCUGGGCACUACUGUGACCUCCAAGUCAGGUUUUGCCCCCUGGAAGAGAAGCCCUACAGGAGGAGGCUGAGGCUGAGCCUGGGGCAGGGCAGGCAGCCCCUGGAGCUGCUGCUCUGGGGCAGGGGGCUGGAGCCACGCCUGGAGCUGCAGCCCCAGCUGCUGGCCCUGGGGCCGGUGCUGCCCUCGGGCCCUGGGGCUCAGGGCACAGUGCUGGUGAGGAACCCUUGUGACUUCCCCAUCGAGUUCUACUCCUUGGAGUUUGACCAGCAGUACCUUGCUGAGGAGGAGAUCCUGAGGUCCCUGGGAGGCUACAGCAGCCGCGGGACCUUGCUGCUGCCUCUGCGCUCCCCGGGGGAGCUGCUGCCUGCAGGGCUGCUGGAGGUCUCUCAGGGCCAGAAGAGGCUGCAGCAGGAGCAGGCCAAGCCCAGGCCUGGGGAAGCAGCAGCCCAGGACAAAGGGGCUGCGGCCCCGCGCCGCGGCGGCAUCGUGGUGAUCGUCCAUGGGGCACCGCUGGCAGGCAAGACCUCGGCGGCAGCAGCCCUGGCCCAGCGCUACGGCGCCGCCUGCCUGCGGCUGGAGGCUGUGCUGAGCCAGGCGCUGGAGCUGGGCAGCGGCCUGCAGCGCCCCCUGCAGCCGCAGCCUGGCCGUCCGGGAGCAGCUUCCUGCCCGCGCGGUGCCCAGCGGAGUGACUGCUGCCAGGGGGUGGUGUUUGAUGGCCUGGAGACCUCCUUUGCCAGCAGCAUGGCCUCAGCCCUGCUCUGCCUGCUCAAAGCUGUUGGAAACUGCCCUCACAUCUAUUUUGUGAACCUGCUCCAGGACUAUGGCUCUUGGCAAGCCAGGCAGAGAGCUGCAGAGGAGCUGCAAGGGCUGCGGCGGCGGCCGGCGGCGGCCGGCAGGGGGGAAGCGGCGCCGGGGGAGCAGCGGCGCGGAGCCCCCCCGGAGCAGCGGCGCGGAGCCCCCCCGGAGCAGCAGUGCGGGGUCCCCCCGGAGCAGCGGCACGGAGCCCCCCCGGAGCAGCGGCACGGAGCCCCCCCGGAGCAGCGGCGCGGAGCGCCCCCGGAGCAGCGGCGCGGGGUCCCCCCGGAGCAGUGCGGAGCCCCCCCGGAGCAGCGGCGCGGGGCCCCCCCGGAGCAGCGGCGCGGAGCCCCCCCGGAGCAGUGCGGAGCCCCCCCGGAGCAGCGGCGCGGAGCCCCCCCGGAGCAGCGGCGCGGAGCCCCCCCGGAGCAGUGCGGAGCCCCCCCGGAGCAGCGGCGCGGAGCCCCCCCGGAGCAGCGGCACGGAGCCCCCCCGGAGCAGCGGCGCGGAGCCCCCCCGGAGCAGCGGCGCGGAGCCCCCCCGGAGCAGUGCGGAGCCCCCCCGGAGCAGCGGCGCGGAGCCCCCCCGGAGCAGCGGCGCGGGGUCCCCCCGGAGCAGCGGCGCGGGGUCCCCCCGGAGCAGCAGACCAGCAGCUCCAACGAGGCCACCAGCAGCCACAGGGAGGUCACUGUGAGAGCAGACCAGGAGGAGGCUGUCCAGGAGCACCCAGACUCUGCUGCAGGGAGCAAGGAGGAGGAGGAGAAGCAGAGCAAGGAAGAGGAGAAGCAGAGCAAGGAGGCAGAUGCUCUGCAGCCCUCCGAGCCAGAACAGGAGGAACCCAAAGGCAAAGGCCAGAGGGAGAGUGAGAAGAGCUUGGCUCUGAGGUUUAAGGCUUAUGAGGCCUCCCAGAAGGAGGUGGCACACAUCCUGUCCUGCUGGGACAGGGUGCAGGGGGUGCUGCUGGCCCCUGCUGGGCAGGGGCAGCAGGCAGCGGCCGAGCGGCACCGGCACGCGUCCGGCCGCGGCAGCAGGGACAGAGAGCAGCAGCAGAGGCUGCAGGAGCAGCAGCAGCAGAGGCUGCAGGAGCAGCAGCAGCAGAGGCUGCAGGAGCAGCAGCAGCAGGCAGGAGGAGGUGCAGCAGGCUCAGCCAGCAGCCAGGACGUUGGGGUGCCCUGCUUGGCCAUCGAGGUGCUGAGCCCUGGAGAGGUGCUGAGGACACUGCUGGAGAGCAGCAAGCUGCCAAGGGCAGAGCAGGUCCUGGGUGAGCUGGGCCUGGGUGCCCUGGGGCCUCCCAUCCCCUCCACUGCCUUCUACUCCGUGGUUCAGUACCCAGCCAGGAGGGAGCUGCCUGCAGCCCUCCAGCAGUUCACCUUGGUUGUGCCAGGGGAGAAGGAGGAUGCCAGCAGUGUGGUGGAUGCCCGGUGCCUGAGGCUUCCUCUCCCUGCCAGGGGCCGCUGGGUGCUGCCUGCCCGGGGCCAGCUGGAGCUGCAGGUCCACUUCAGCUCCCUGCUGCUGGGCACCUUUGAGCAGAGGCUGCACUUCGAGCUGCUGGGCACCAGGAGACCUUACCAGCUGCUCUGCAGGGGCACCUGCCUGUACCCCACCAUCUGCCAGGAGCCAGGGGUGGUGUUCCCUCGCUGCAGGAGGAGCAAGGCAGCUGAUGCCAUCAUCUCCAAGGAGUUUGUGCUGAGCACUGGGGUGUUCCACUUUGGGCCCCUGCUGUGUGGCAAGUCCAGAGCCUGGUACAAGGCUCUGCAGCACCCCAGCAACUGUGAGAAGAUCACCAUCCUGAAUGCCACCCCCCUGGAGGCAGAGGUGAGCUUCUCCUUUCAGAGGGAUGGCAAAGCAGACACCUUCCUCUUGGAGCCUCCCAGCAUGAAGCUGAAAGCUAAGGAGAAGCAGGAGCUGAGCCUCUGGGCCUACCCCACCUCAGCUGGCCUGGUGGAGGACAGCCUCAUCUGCAGCAUCAAGGACAACCCAGAGCCAGUGGUGUUCAGGCUGUGCUGCCAGGGGGUGCAGGUGGAGCUGGGGGUCAGCCCCAAGCAGCUGCAGUUCAGCAGGGUGCUCCUGCACAGGGAGCAGAGCAGGACCCUGCUGCUGCAGAACCGCUGCCCCCUGCCCCUGGCCUGGCAGCUCUCUGGGCUGGAGCCCCUCGGCCAGGCCUUCUCCGUGUCCCAGCGCCGGGGCAGCGUUGGGCCCCGCUCGGAGCUGGCCCUGCAGCUCUGCUUCAAGGCCACCAAGGCUCUGAGUGUGAAGAAGAUGAUCUGCCUGGAGGUCUCAGAUGCAGAGAACCUGCAGGGGAUUGUGCAGGUGGAGAACAUCCAGGUCCAGGCUGAGGCCUACGAUGUGGCUCUGGACAUCAGCGUCCCCAAAGGGGCAGCUGGCUGCGUGGACUUCGGGGUCCUGAGGGUGCUGGAGGCUGCCAGGCAGGAGCUGACCCUGAGGAACCAGGGCAAGUAUGAGAUUGCCUUCAGGUUCAGGCUGGACACCACUGACCCCUUCAGCCCUGAGCUGCUCUCCCACCUCAGUGUGCAGCCAGAGCAGGGCCUGCUGCCAGCCUCUGAGCACCCUGUGCCUGUCCAGCUGCUCUUCCACCCCAAGAGGGAGAUCAGCAUUGAGGCCAGACCCAUCCUGCUGUGCCAGGUGAUUGAGCCCAGCCUGUGUGCAGGAGGUGAGGCCAUUGCUGUCAUCCCAGUGAAGCUGUCAGCCAGAGCUGUCUUCAGCCACUACAGCAUCAGCCCUGCCUCCCCCAUCAGCUUUGGGGCCAUGGUCAGUGGCAGCAGGAGAGCCUGCAGCCUCCUGCUGGAGAACAGAGGCCUCCUGCCCUUCGAGUUCCUCCUCUGCAGAGCAGGGCAGGGGGCACCUGGACUGCCAGGGAAGAGUGCCCAGCUCAGGAUGCAGGCUGCCCUCAGCCUGGGCCCCUUCACUGUGUGCCCUGCCUCUGGCUGCCUCCGUCCUGGGGAGCAGCAGCUGCUGGCAGUGGAGUGCUGUGCAGGGCUGCCAGGGCCCUGCCAGGAGCAGCUGCUCAUCCACAUCAGCCACAGGGACCCCGAGGACAGCCCCCUGGGCAUCCCCUACACCCUGCUGGCAGAGUCCUGCCUGCCAGCGUUCCUGACCGACGACCUGGAGUCCAUCUUCGAGGAGCAUCGACUGUGCAGCAGCGGCAGCGGGCUCUGGGGGCUGCUGCAGGCAGGGCAGCAGGAGCAGGGAGUGUUCCUCCUGGACCAGCACAAGUUCCUCUUCCCCCAGGUGCUGCUGGGGCAGCAGGCCAGGGCCCGCUUCAAGCUGCGCAACGUGGGCAGGGUGCCCUGCACGGUGCUGCUCUCCCUGCGCCCCGGCCCUGGCCAGCUCCACAGCCACCCUGGGGAGGCUUUCAGGGUGGAUCCUGCCCGGCUCUGUGUGCCCAGCUGCUCCCAGGCCUUUGCUGCUGUCACCUUCACUCCACAGAGGCUGCAGAGCUACCACUGCACUUUUGAGGCUGCCCUUGAUGUCCAGACAAGCCCUGCAGCAGGCAGAGCACAGAGGCUGAGCUUCGAGCUCAGCGGCGAGGGGAAGCUGCCGGAGGUGAGGGUCCUGCGCCCGGCGCGGAGGGACAGGAGGGGGAAGCCUCUGCUGCUCUUCAGGAGGCUGCCCCUGGGGGCCUGGGAGAAGCUGCCCCUGGUCCUGCACAACGCUGGCACGGUCCCUGCCCAGGUGCUGCUGGACCUGCUGGAUGAGGAGGGAGUUUUCUUCUUGAAAGCCAAGCCCAGCACAAAAUGCCUCUACCAAGGUGUGGGCAUGCAGGAGGACUCUGCUGGAGGAGGGAGGAGGCUCCACACUGCUUCCCUGCUCCUGCAGCAGGGGCAGGCAGCAGAGCUGGAGGUGGGCUUCAAACCCACCCUGCCCCAGCGCCUGGAGGGGAAGCUCCAACUCUCUGUGCUGCACAACCCCUACGAGGAGACCACCAUCAGGCUGCUGGGGGAAGGCCACCAGGAGGACUGCACCCUGGACAACAUCCAGGGGCUGGGGGCAGAGAGGGAGGAGCAGGACCUCCCUGAGAGCAGCCUGGAGGACGACAGCACUGAGGCUGUCCCAGGGGAUCACAUCCAGCUCGGGGACUGUGCCGUGGGCACCCCCUGCACCGCCACCUUCACCCUCACCAACCGCAGCAGGGGGCAGGCCCUGCGCUUCUGCUGGCUGCCCCAGGAGCCCUUCCGCUUCUGCCCCCAGGUGGGACACCUCCAUGCUGGCUGUGCCAAGGACAUCAGAGUGACCUUGAAGUCAGACAUUGCAGCCACCUUCAGGAGGUACCCUGUGAAGUGCCAGGUGUCCAGGAUCUGCUUCCAGCUGCCAGCAGAGCAGGUGCCCGACUGGGACGACCGCCUGGCUGCCCUGCAGUGGGUGGAUGCCACCAGGGCCCCAGGUGCCAGCUGGCCUGGCAAGAGGAAGGUGAGAAGCACAUCUCCCAAGCCAGCUCACAGCGUCCUGGAGGGCAGCAGCUCUGAGCUGCAGCUGCUCCUCAGUGCUGUGGUUGCCUAUGCUGAGUUCCAGCUGGACACAGCUGUGGUGGACUUCCAGGACACCUUCCUCUUCCACACCAGGACCUUCAGUUUCCCACUCUCCAACACAGGCAGUGUGGCCCUGGAGUACAGCUGGGUGGAGGCUGUGGAGCAGCAGAGGGCAGGGAGCUGCCCUGAGGAGCUGCUGGAGGGGGAUCUCUUUUCCUCCACUGCUGGUUCCUCUGUGUCACUCCAGCCCAGCCCCUGCCUGAGCCAGCUGGGCCAUGCUCCAGGGCAGCUCUCCUCCACCCUGAGCUCCUGCCUGGAGCCCAGCAGUGCCACCCCAGCCUUCUCCAUCGAGCCCCACCGCGGCUCCAUCCCUGCAGGGCAGGAGCAGCUCUUUCAGCUGAAGUUCUCCCCACUGGCAGUUGGGGACUUCCAGAGCAGGAUGCUCUGUAGGAUUCCUAACCUGAAGCCAGGUCAGAAGGGCCCAGAGGUGGCUGUGAAGGGCAGGAGCCUUGCAGUCAGCUACCACUUCGAGCUGGAAGCCUCUGAGUGCAGCACUGCCAGGGGGCUCAGCCCCCAGCUGCAGGAGCCACAUCCCAGCAGCAGGGUGCUGGAGUUUGCAGCAGUUGGAGUGGGCUGCAGGAGGAGCAGGACCUUCCUGGUUUUGAACCCCACCAGCUCUGCCUUUUCCUUCCUGUGGAGCUGCCAGGACCCUGCAGCCCCCCCAGCAGAAGUGGCUUUCUCCUGCCUCCUGCAGAGAGGGCAGAUCCUGCCAGGCCAGAAAGCAGAGAUGAGGUUUGAGUUCGUGCCUUGGCACCUGGGCACCACAGAGUCCCGCUGGCUCUUCACCAUCCCCGAGCAGGAGGUUUCGGUGCCCUUCCUGCUGCUGGGCAAGGCCAGCGACCCCCUGGUGGCCCUGGAGAGAAGCCACCUCAACCUGCAGCUGCUGCUGAUAGGCCAGGAGGUGCAGCAGAGCAUCAUGAUGAUCAACAGUGAGAAGGAAGCCUUCAGCUUUGCUUUCAGAGCCAGCUCCCUCUUUGCAGAGGGCUCCAGCAGCUCCCUGAAGGUGGAGCCCCUGGCAGGCUCCAUCGCUGCCCUCGCCAGGCUGCCCAUCACAGUCACCUUCACCCCCAGGGAGGAGGGAGAGGUGGUCUUCAACCUCAGGUGUGAUGUCAAGAGGAAGCCCCAGCCCCUCUCCUUGAACAUCAAGGCCACAGGCUACAGCGUGGCUGUGGCAGUGCAGGCUGAGGACAGCCAGGGCCACCUCACCCAGCUCAGCACACAGCAGCCCAACAUCAUCGACCUCAGGGAGGUCCAGCUGCAUGAGAGCACCAAGCACACCUUCACCAUCUGCAACCGCGGCAGGGGCAGCUUCACCUUCAGCUGGGAGCUGCGAGGGGCUGCAGCCUGCAGGGAGCUGCUGAGCAUCAGCCCCCAGCUGGGCACUGUGCAGGCAGAGGGCACAGCAGAGGCCCAGCUGGCUUUCCACCCCCAGAGGAUCUGCUCCUUAAAGGAUGUGGAGCUGGUGCUGCAGAUCAGCAAGGGUCCCACCUUCACCUGUGUGCUGCUGGCCACUGUGGUGGUGCCCAGGGUCCACUUCUCCACCACCAGGCUCAACUUUGGGGCCUGCUUCCUGUCCCAGGCCGGGCUGCUGCCUGCCACCCAGACCCUCCUCAUCACCAACAAGGCAGACAGAGACCUCAGCCUGGCCUGCUCCUUCCCCAGCACUGCUCAGCUGCAGGUGGAGUGCCCAUGCUGCAUCCUGCAGCCAGGGGGGACAGUGGAGGUGCCCAUCACUUUCAGCCCCAGGGAGGUAGGAUCUUACCAGGAGCUCAUCCCCUUUGAGAUCAAUGGCCUCUGCCAGCAGAGCGUGGAGGUGCGAGGAAGAGGAGUGGAGAUGAAGGUUGAUGUGGUGGAUCCUCCAGGCAAGGUGGUGAAGCUGGGAGCCCUCUGCAAGGGGCAGGUGGUGAAGAAGGUGGUCACCAUAGCUAACAACAGUGCUGCUCCCAUCACUUUUAAGCUCAGUCUCAAGUCUACCCCUCCAGAGCUGCAGGAACCUGGGGUGCUCAGCCUGAGCCCCAGCAGGGAGCUGAGGCUGGAGGCCGCGGGGGGCAGCCGCAGGGUGGAGGUCACCUUCGCCCCGCGCCGCCGCCUGGCCCCCUUCACGCAGGAGGUGCUGCUGGCGGCCGGGGGCCUGGGCCGCUGCCUCUUCGUGCUGCAGGGCUCCUGCCAGGGCCCCCAGGUCAGCCUGGAGCGGCAGCGGCUGAGCUUCGGCGCCGUGGUGCGGCAGGGCUGCGGCCGGCGGCGCGUCGCCAUGCGGAACGGCGGGGAGCGGGCGGCCAGGUUCAAGUGGGACCUCAAGAGCUUCGAGCCAGACUUCUCCAUCAGCCCCACUGAGGGCCACAUCAGCCCAGGCACAGAGGUGCCCUUGGUUGUGACCUUCAGGCCCUCCAGGCUGAGCCACUCCAUCCGGUGCCAGGGGCUGCAGUGCUUCAUCCAGGGUGGGGAACCCCUGCUGCUGUCACUGGAGGGGUGCUGCCUGCAGGGCCCUGUGGCCAAAGAGACCCUGUGCUUUGCCUGUGAGGUUCGUGGGCAGCAGAGCCAAACCAUCCUCCUGUCCAACCCCAGCGACCUGCCCUGGAGCCUGCAGCCUGUCCUGGAGGGGGAGCACUGGCAGGGGCCCCCAUGGCUGCACCUGGAAGCCAAUCAGCAGCAGAAGCCCUACGUGGUCACCUACUGCCCCCUCACCAUGACCUCUGAGAGUGAGAAGCAUCAGGGCUCCAUCUUCUUCCCCCUGCCCGACGGGGAGGGCCUCUGCUACCGGCUGCAGGGGACGGCGGCGCCCCCGGGCUGCUCGGGCCGCAUCCGGCGGGAGGUGCCCUGCAGGACCUCCCACACCCAGCUGCUGCCUGUCUGCAACUGGCUGAGCAGGGCCCAGAGGUUCCUGGUGCUGGUGGACAUCCUGCAGCCUGAGAAGCUGGAGAGCAGCCCUGUGCUGAAGGGCCUGAAGUACCUGGUGGUGCCAGGCUCUGCCAGGAGGGACUACAAGCUCACCUUCCUCUCCUCCAAAGAAGGGGUCUUCAGCACCAAGGUGACUUUCCUCAACGAGGUGACCAAGGAGUACUUGUUCUACCUGGUGACCUUCCAGGCCAGCCCUGCAGGGCCCCUCAGCAGGGUGGGGCUUCCUUCCUGCCAGGCUGCCCUUGUCCUGGACUGCCAGCCCCUGGCAGUGGCUGAGGGCAGUGGCUGCCUGCUGAGAGCCCCCAGGAGCAAGCCAGAGCAGCCCCUCCGCUUCUGCACCACGCUGGGCUCCAGGCAGACCAUCAGCACCACCCUCAGGAGCUAUGCCCAGCACAAGACUCAGUACCAGCUGCAGACCUCCUCUGCUGCCUUCCAGACCCAGAGGAGCCUCAGUGUGAGCCCUGCCGGCCCGGGGGGCUCGGAGCUGAGCCUGGAGGUGACCUUUGAGCCCUGCCAGCUGGGAGAGGCCCAGGCCACCCUGCAGCUCUCCUCUGCCCUGGGCACCCAGCACAGCAUCCCCCUGCUGGGCCUCGCCCUCCCACCCCAGCCCCAGGGCCCCUUCCCCAUCAGGGCUGGCAGCACCGUGCCCAUCCCCUUCCAGAACAUCUUCCAGCAGCCCAUGGCCUUCCAGUACCAGGUGGAGCACCCAAGCUUCAGUGUCAGGGCCCCUGAGAGCCUGCCUGCCAAGGCCACCACCCUCCUCCACCUCUCCUUCCGAGGUGCCACCCCUGCCACCAGCAGGAUGGUGGUGACCCCCCGGGGGGGGCCCAGUGUCUCCUGGGUCUACUACCUCCAGGGCCUCCCCCCCAGCAAGUGAGCUCCUGGGAAGCCCCUCAGGGGCAGGGGUUGGUGACCUGGGGGUCGUCAGGGCUGUG